AUGGUUUCUCUUAAAAUUUUCUUUUGUUGUUGUAUGGCCUUGUCCUACCUGUGGACAUUGGAGGCGGUAAAAAUUGGAGUAUCUAGACAUUUGCCCACAACCUUAGCACCCAAUAUUACCACAACUUUAAGCGAGGAAGAUAUGCCAACAGAGACUGAGACUCAAACAACAGUGACAACUACUACUUCUCCAACGUCUACAAUUUCUAUUACAACUUUAGAGUCCUCAAGCACCACUAAGCAACUGCCAAAUUCAUCAACAUUACAACCAACGUCCACAGCUACAUCCGCUACAACUCCCGAAGAAGAAUGGCCAGAAUUUCCACCCCGUAAAAAACCCACCACCAUAGCCUCCAAGUCAACAACCUCUACAACCACUCGAAAGCCUAUGGCAACCAAAAAAUCUAAAUCCAAAAUGACCACCACCACUGAAAUGCCUGAAGCCAGCAAUACUACCGUAGCACCUUUAGAUCCUAUCAUCACUUCCAAAUCAUCUACUCCACGCUCAAACAAAUACUGCUUUUGUGAUAUGACCUUACAUGGUUGUGACAUCAAUUGUUGUUGUGACCCGGAUUGUUCGGAUGAAGCCUUGCAAGUCUUCAAGUGCCUCAAAGAAGUCAUCAAUGAUUUUGAAUUGCAUGAAGGACGCUUUGAGGAUUUCAAAUUCCAACAUGGUCUACCUUCGUGCGAAGUGAAUGAUGGUUGGUUGUGUGUCUUUAGGACGAAUAUGCCAUCAGCGGCCAAGAGGGUGCAACCAAGGUCUUUCGAUACUUCUCUUUAUUACCAAUGGCCAAAUUUGUUAAAGGACGAUAUAGACAUGGAAAACACCAAAAAUUUCUAUGUGUAUGGGGAUCCGUUGAAGUUGAUUAAUAUGGAGACGAAGGAUAUAAUUAAUUUUGAUUUGCCAUCAACGCUAAAAGCUCCCCAUUGCCAAACAAAAGAGCCCGUUAGAUAUCUCAAAUCGCAAAAGAGAACAUGUCUUAUCCCCAAAGACAAACCGCAAACGGAAGAAAUUAAAAGAAAUUUGAUGGAACUGCAUUCUAAAUAUAAAAUUCUACAGAAACCUCUUAUCUCCGAUGAAGAUAUCGCUCAAUCCAAGCGAGUAGAGAAUUAUGUUGGCAACAUAUCACUGCAUUGGUGUAAUACAUCUUCAAGGAAAUGCCAAGAAUCUAUUAAGGCUGAUAAGAAGACUUUUAAUGAUGAUUUUCUAAGUAAAAUUCAAAUAAAGAUUUUUCAUAAUUUCACCCAAAUACAAGGAGCAGAGAUAUUCCUUUGGCAUGAGAGCAAGGAAAAUGACAACAAGGCGGAAUCCUGGUUACAUUAUGAUAUAAGUUUUUGCAACAACACUAUGCGUGGACAAAACAAUGAUAAUGUAACAACUAAAUCAACACCAUAUCGUAGACUAACUUCUGGCCCUUUGGGCUAUACCACGGGCAAACCUUUGUUAGUGGCCAAGUAUGUGGUGGUCAACAAGUCCUUGCCUUUAACGGAAAAGAAUAGACAAAUAAGUUACUUUGUGGAUGAUAUCAAGGAACAAAACACUUUACCCAUCUUUAAGAAACGCAAAGGCUUAUGUCAACUCCCACAGGCCAGCGAAGAGGCAAAAGAAGAAGGGGAAUUCCUAAGCUAUGGCAUAAAUUUAGCCAAACAAUGUAAAUUUAGAAUGGAAAAUCAAAGUUUUACCCCGCAUGAUCCUUUAAAUACCAAUUACACCGCUAUAUGUCUGAAUCUUCAGGAGCUGAUUCAUCGACAAUUUUUCGGUCCUCAUAUUACACCGGUGGAUAUCUCCUUAUAUUACAUCUCACAAUUGGGGAAACCUCAAAAUGAUACUGAUAGAUGGACAGCAUUGAAUGUCUACAAUGCCGACUUUGAUCCAGUGUUUGGUCAAUACAUGGAAAACACUCGUACAUUUAUAUGCCGUAAUAUCCUACUGAGUUUAUCAUAUGAAUUCCGUGUGCGUAAUUUGGAUAUCGACAUCGGAGGUGGUUGGGGACAAAAUCAAAAUAUCCUAAAAUAUGCCAAUUUGAUAAUGGGCGAAAGACAUGACUUGGAGUUUUCUUCGGAUGAGCACAUAGAAGUGCCCUUAACCUUAACUGUGAGAUUUUUCGAUGACAUUAAUGAAAAGGCUGCAUCAGCUUCUAAUUUUAUACGACAUGCUAUAAUACUGAAUAUCAUAGGCUUUAUACUAGUGUUAGAUUUCUAAUAUGGUAGUGAUGAAAAUUUCCUUACUAUGCUAAGGCUUCAAUAUUUAUCAAAUAAAUAAAUAGUGAUUAUAA